CUUCAUUCUUCAUUCCUCACCCGCUCCGCCAUCCUUCUUUUCCGAUUUCGACCAGUCUCCUCAGUUCCCAACUACAUUCCACAGCACUUGUACCAUGUCUUCACCACGCAGAAGAAUCGAAACAGAUGUGAUGAAGCUGUUGAUGAGCGACUACGAAGUGACCCUCGUCAACGACAACAUGCAAGAGUUUUACGUCCGAUUCCAUGGCCCCUCCGAUACACCUUUUGCAGGUGGCGUCUGGAAGGUUCAUGUGGAGCUCCCGGAUCAGUACCCUUACAAGUCACCGUCGAUUGGUUUUAUGAACAGGAUCUUUCACCCCAACAUCGAUGAACUGAGCGGAUCGGUAUGCCUGGAUGUUAUCAACCAGACCUGGAGCCCAAUGUUUGAUAUGAUCAACAUCUUUGAGGUCUUCUUGCCUCAGCUACUUCGUUACCCCAACCCAACAGAUCCCUUGAACGGCGAGGCGGCUGCGAUGUUGAUGCGUGAACCGACCGGAUAUGAGAGCAAGGUUAAAGAAUAUGUCUCGCGUUAUGCUACAAAGGAGGCAGCAGAUGUGGCAACGGACGGGAGCUCCUCGGACGACGACAUGAGCUCUGUAGAGUCAUUCUCGGAUGAUGAUGAGGCGCCUGGUCUGGAGCUGUAGGCACAACGCAACAUAAUACAGGCAGGACUAUCACCAUCUUCGUUUCCUGGACGAGAAUUCUGUUUAACUCAUCCACUACAACAUAACAACCACGAGAAGAAAA